ACUUGUGGCUUGGGAGGCCAAGGACGCAGGGCACCUGAUAGGUGUGUGGAAACGAUGCCCGAGAGAUCAGCCCUUGUGAGGGGAUGUUGACUGUCAAUAUAGACAGGUCGAGUUUGUUUGCUGUUCUGGUGAAGUUAAACAGUAGUUAAACAGUUUGCUGGGCAGUGUUAUUAUUUUGAAACAACGCUGGGCUUCCCGUGUCGGUGACCCGCUUAGAGGGAAAGCAGGGAGCCUGGGCCUGGAUUUCAGACACAUCGUGUCACCGGAGUGGUGAGGAACGAGGGCAUGUCCGCGUGCAGGUUCUGGCCCGGGCUACUGAUCGCACUGGGCUCCCUGUGUCCGAGAGGUUCACCAUGUGGCAUCUCCACGCACGUAGAGAUAGGACACAGAGCUCUGGAGUUUCUCCACCUUCAAGAUGGGAGAAUCAACUACAAAGAGCUGUUGCUUGAACACCAGGACGCGUAUCAGGCGGGAGCCGUGUUUCCUGAUGCGUUUUACCCCAGCAUCUGCGAAAGAGGGCAAUUCCAUGAUGUGUCUGAGAGCACUCACUGGACCCCAUUUCUGAAUGCGAGCAUUCAUUACAUCCGAGAGAACUAUCCUCUUCCUUGGGAGAAGGACACAGAGAAAUUGGUGGCGUUCUUGUUGGGAAUCACCUCUCACAUGGUGGCUGAUGUCAGCUGGCACAGCUUGGGGAUCCAGCAAGGGUUCCUCAGGACAAUGGCAGCCGUUGAUUUUCAUGGCUCUUAUUCGGAGGCGCAUUCGGCUGGUGACUUCGGAGGAGAUGUGUUGAGCCAGUUUGAGUUUAAUUUUAAUUACCUCGCACGGCACUGGUAUGUGCCCGUCCAAGAUCUGCUGGGAAUUUACAAGAAGCUCUAUGGCCGAGAAGUCAUCACCAAAAGUGCAAUCGUUGACUGUACCUACCUUCAGUUCUUGGAAAUGUAUGGUGAGAUGCUAGCCGUUUCCAAGCUUUAUCCCACUUAUUCCAGAAGAUCCCCGUUUUUGGUGGAACAAUUCCAAGAAUAUUUCCUGGGGGGACUGGAUGACAUGGCGUAUUGGUCCACGAACAUCUUCCGUCUGACGAGCUUCAUGUUAGAGAACGGGACCAGUGACUGCAGUCUGCCCGAGAACCCUCUGUUCAUUGCCUGCGGCGGCCAACAAACCAGCGCCCAGGGCAGCUCCAAAGUACAGAAAAGUGAUUUCCAUAGGAAUUUGACUGCGUCCCUCACUAAAGAGACUGGAAAAAAUAUAAACUAUACUGAAAGAGGAGUGUUCUUCCGCGUGGAUUCCUGGACCUCGGAUUCCCUUACUUUUGCGUACCAGGCUCUGGAGAGGAACAUACGGACAAUGUUCACGGGCGGCUCUCAGCAGUCGCUGAAGCACGUCUCCAACCCCUUGGCUUCUUACUUCCUGUCUUCUCCCUAUGCCAGACUCGGUUGGGCAAUGACCUCAGCUGACCUCAACCGGGACGGGCACGGCGACCUGGUGGUGGGCGCUCCGGGAUACAGCCGCCCCGGCCACGUCCAGGUCGGCCGCGUGUACCUCCUCUACGGCAACGACCUGGGCCUGCCCCCCAUCGACCUGGAUCUUGACAAGGAGGCCCACGUGAUCCUGGAGGGCUUCGAGCCCUCAGGUCGGUUCGGCUCGGCCUUGGCCGUGUUGGACUUUAACAAGGACGGCGUGCCUGACCUGGCCGUGGGAGCCCCAUCCGUGGGCUCCGAGCAGCUCACCUACAAAGGUGCCGUGUACGUCUACUUCGGCCCCACACGAGGAGGGAUGUCUUCUCGCCCCAACGUCACCAUCACCUGCCAGGACACCUACUGUAACCUGGGCUGGACGCUCUUGGCCGCGGAUGUGAAUGGCGACGGCGCGCCCGAUCUGGUGAUGGGCUCCCCCUUUGCACCGGGUGGAGGGAAACAGAAGGGCAUGGUAGCUGCAUUUCAUUCCGGCCCCGACGGGAGCGGCAAAGAAAAGCUGGACGUGGAGGCGGCCGACUGGAUGGCGAGGGGCGAGGAGGACUUCUCCUGGCUAGGCUACUCCCUGCACGGGCUCAGCGUGGACAACAGGACGUUGCUGUUGGUCGGGAGCCCGACCUGGAAGAACAGCAACAGCCUGGGCCAUUUGUACCGCACUCAGGAUGAGAAACAGAGCCUCGGACGGGUGUAUGGCUAUUUCCCGCCAAAUUGCCAAAGCUGGUUCACCAUUUCUGGAGACAAGGCAAUGGGGAAGCUGGGUACUUCCUUGUCAAGUGGUCACGUGAUGGUGAAUGGGACCCGGAAACAGGUGCUGCUGGUUGGAGCCCCGACGCACGAUGAGAAGUCUAAGAUGGCGUUCCUGACCAUGACCUUGCACCAGGGUGGAACCGGUCGGAUGUAUGAACUGACGCUGGACACGCAGCCGCCUCUGCUCGGCACCUUCAGCGGAGACCGCCGCUUCUCCCGAUUCGGUGGCAUUCUGCACUUGAGUGACCUGGAUGGCGACGGCUUAGAUGAAAUCCUCGUGGCAGCCCCACUGCGGAUAACAGACAUCACGUCCGGGCUGCUGGGAGGGGAAGAUGGCCGGGUGUACGUCUACAAUGGCAAACAGACCACCUUUGGCGACAUGACGGGCAGAUGCAAAUCCUGGGCAGCUCCAUGUCCUGAGGAAAAGGCUCAGUAUGUACUGAUUUCUCCUGAAGCAAGUUCAAGGUUUGGGAGCUCCGUGAUUACCGUGAGGUCGAAAAACAAGAAUCAAGUUGUCGUUGCUGCUGGAAGGAGCUCUUUGGGAGCCCGACUCUCUGGGGCACUUCACGUCUACAGCCUUGGCCUAGACUAAAGGCUGUCCUCCUCUGCGUCCGUCUCUUCUGCCCAGUCAUCUCCAGGGGGAGCGUUCCUGGUGGGGGCGGGGCUCCUGGGAGUGGAGAUGUCCCCGUCUGGGACGACGAUGCAGUAGACGGUGACAGGGGCUCUGGUGAGCCAGGUCCCCUCCUCUUCCAGAGUUUCAGUCCUUGCUUCCCUUGCAUUUAAACUUAUUCCUGACUUACUGCCUGUGCUCAGACCUUUGUACGAUGUCUCUCCUCUUCACAGGACUAGCUACGUCUUUCUGAUGCCUGGAAAGACCUCUCUGCGGUUCUCUAUCACAAUUGCUCCUAAAAAUUUCCUUUUAAAAACGGUGACCCAUUCCAAUCAAAGUGAAAUAGUGUAGUAUAUAGGAAAACAGAGAACUAGUAUAGUGAAAAGUAAGGGGGUGAAGGAUAACCUCACAACUGUAAAGGCACCUGCUGUAACUGAUUUGGUCCCUUCUUGGGAGGAUUAUUUCAUUUUCAGUGUUUUGUAUAGUGAAGGAUAAAUACAAGACUAAAACCUCCUUACCUUUUAGUGCCCUCAAAUGCUUUUGUAGAAGCGGCUGUCCUAACUGUGGCGUCUAGUGACUUUCCACUUGUUCAAGGACCUCCCAAGAGGAGCUGCUGUUGCACUGAGUUGGUACAAACUAUGUAGAGAGAAGAGAUCUGGCCUGAGCCAGCGGCCACUGCAAGGGACCAGGCAGAGAAGCAGGCCUUGGUCUCUCUUGUUUCUGGGCUGGUUUUAGCAGAUUUCAUGCGCCAGUCCUGCAGUGUGGCAUAGUUAAGGGAAAGGAAUCUACCCCAGGGUUUUAGCUUCACUAAAAAUGUGAGAAACCAUUACUACUGAUCCUGUAACAGGGAAGCACACUAGUGAAAGGUACUAAAAGUGCAGGGAGAAGUAAUGACAAGAACCCAGCCUCUCUAGAGGCAGAGUAGAGACUGGUCCAAAGGAGGAGUCCAGCAGAAGAGUAAAAGUUGAAUUAGAAAUCUAGGGAAAGCUACUAGAGUUAAUUGUGAGCACAGGUGAGUACAUACAGGGAAACAGGACACAAAGUCACCUCUGGAUGAGUCCUGUGACUGUCCCCUUAUCCUAAAGAGAGGCAGGCCAUCUGCAUGGUUCCCUAGGGAACAGCAAAAAGCACAAAUACCAUUUGGUUUCAUUUGGGUAACAAUUAUUGCUAGUUCUACUUAUGUGAAUUAUUCUUUUUAGUUUAAGGGAAAUUCAUCUUUAGGGCCCAGAAAUUAGUUGACUGUAAUACAAGUUGAGAAGUCUGAGUGCAGAACGGACGCCUGUCUAGUACUGGACCUUUCCUUACAAGCGUGGGUUCCUUUAUGCUGCCAGCACCUCGGAAGACGUCCAUGCUUCACUGAUAAUGAUCGUGUUUCAACACAGGCCCUAACGACUUACAUUCUUAAUGCCUAAACAUACCAGAUAGCAAGCACCAGGCAGAGAAGCUUAAAAUGUAUAAGGAUGGAGGCAAGUUUUUGGGUAGGAUUUUAUAUAGGACAUUUAGCCAUAUUCACAAGUGCUAAUUUGUAUUCCUACUGUCGGAGGUCAACCUGGCACAGAGUCCAAUGCGUUAUGUGGUUACGUUUUCACUCCACUAACUGUAGUUCUCAGCAUGGAUUCUGAAAUCCAUAACAGAAAUGGAAACAUCUUGUAGGGUUUUAAGCUCUCAUUAACAAAUCUGAACUUAAUAAUUUAACUCAGUUACCUUUAUUUCAAGAUAUCAAAACAUGUACAUACUUGUGGUCUGUUUUUCUAUGUAUAUGUAACAACUUGCUUCGAGAUCAGAAUGGUUUUAUGCCUUUGUACUGCAGAUCUAGAAAGAUAUGAAGUGGGUCUUAGAAUAAACUCAGAUCUCUGAAUGCCCCAGUCCAGGCACCAUCCACUAGCCCACCUCCACAGGUACCACUUAAAGUGCGUUUAACAUUGCAAUUCCAAAAAAUAAAGCUGUGUACAACUCUUAGAAUGACUCCCCAC